UCAACGUGCUAACAUGGCGUCUGCGUCGGUAGGUGUUUGAAACAUUCCAAUGCAUUCAAUUUAUAUACGUUGACGCCAAGCUUUUUUAUCGUGAUUUUACCGUAUCGGUUAGUUUUAAAGCGUAAUAAUAAAGUUGUUCAUUGUUACGCAAGAAGUUGACGUUAUUUCGGUACUAUAUCAGAAGAAUCGUUUUUGACGUUUAUUCGUGAAUUUCCGUCCCUUUGCUAAUGGAUGACGAUACAAUUGCUUUUGGGGAGGAGGAUGAGGCAGGCCAAAAUAGCAACAAAUUAAAGCAUCCAUACGUUACAAUGUUUCAUUUAGCCUUCAGAAUAAUGGCAAUAGUAGUUUAUAUGUUAUGCGGGUGGUUUACGAAUAGUUUCAUAGCUGUCUUUGUAGCUGUUGUAUUACUUUUGUCAAUGGAUUUUUGGACAGUUAAAAAUAUUACUGGAAGGCUGAUGGUUGGCCUUAGGUGGUGGAAUUAUGUGGAUGAUAAUGGAAAAAGUCAUUGGGUAUAUGAGUCGAAAAAGGGUGCUCAACAGAACCGUAUUAAUGCAACAGAAGCUCGCAUCUUUUGGUUAGCUCUAAUUUUAACACCACUUUUGUGGUCAGUAUUUUUUAUGGUAGCAUUGUUUGGUUUGAAGUUUAAGUGGUUGCUACUUGUGUGUAUUGCAAUUGUUUUAAACGGUGCGAAUCUGUAUGGAUACGUGAAGUGCAAAAUGGGUAAUGAACGAAAUAUAUCUGCAGCCACUGGCGAUUUUCUGAGGAAACAAGUCAUACAAAAUGUCGCGUCAAUGAUGACCAGCAGACCUCCCCCAACAAGUAAUCCAAAUCAACCAACUAAUGUGAUAUAGGACUGCAAAUAUUGCAGUUACGAUAUUAUUUAAGAUAUACGAUCAUGAUGAAAGACAAAAAAUUUUGUACAUAAUAAGAACAAAGGCUUAUAAAAAUAAGUCUUAAUAAAAUGAUAUAAUAAAGCUGGUAACGAAGACACUGAUCUUUGUUUUCUUCAUGAUUUCCCAAGAAUGGAUAAGGAU